AAUAAACAUAGAUGUCGUGGAAGAUAUUUGCCAACUAACUUAUCUGAUGGGAGUAACCCCAAUAGUGAAUAAUAAACUCAAAUCAAAGAGGAGUAAGCAAUCAAAACUAAAUUCAGGUGAAGACCUUCAAACAAGAAGCAACAGGUCUAAAAUUAAAGGCAAAUGGAGAAAUAGUGAACACAUGCAGUUCAUCGAGUGCUUCAGAAAACACGGCACCAAUUGGGACAAACUCGAAAAGUCAGUCCCUACCAGAACCAGCCUGCAAGUGAGGACUCAUGCACAGAAGUUCUUCGAGAAAAUCACCAACAACUACAAAGUGGACAACCCUGUGGAGUUCUACAUGAAGAACCUUAGGAACCAUCAGAUGGACCUGGACCACAACAUUGAAGAGCAGCUGCAGAAUCCCAGAGUCUCAAUCAUUCAGAAGCAAGUGGGUCCCAGGCAUAAUGAGGCUGUGUCAAAUAAAGAGCAAGAUGAGUUCACUUUUGAGAGGAAUAAUGAGCAUAUGAAUCAGCAUAAAGGCCUGGUCAAUAGAAAAAGGACAAACCAACAACUCUUCAAGUCAUCAAAUAAGCCCUCAGACGAACAUGGAUCAGGUUAUCUAAGUAAGCCAAUGAAGUACUUCAAAGACAGUUCUGGAAACCACCAUGACGCAUCGACUGGAAUCUCAUCCAGCUACUUGUGCUUGAAUGGAGGUGAAAUUUUGAUCAAAGGCAAUGGCAUCAAAACCACAGCUCCAUGUGACAUCCAGAAUAUCAAGAUGCUCAAUGGAUCCGAGCAAACCAUGAUUUGUGCAAACCAGCCUGUACAAAUCACGAUCACACCGAUCUCACAAGGGCAAUCUGCUAACAAUUCAAUUGUGUUCAAUCACAACAUUGGUUCAUUCAUACCACCAUCUGGAUCAGGGAUGCCAGAGCCCGACAGAAGAGUGAUGUCAUCACAAAGUGACAGCACCAACUACCAGCUCAUCAUGGGCAUUCUUGAGAACAACUUCUGUCUCCGAGACAUCAGAGGAAUGUGUGGGCUAAGCUCUGAAUGCAGAGUAAGUUCUUUAACAAGCAGUGGAUUGAACCCAAACAACCGAGAAAGUGUGAGUUACCCAUCAUCAUCACCAUUCAGAGUGGGUCAACAAGAGAGCAAGCCCUCAAAUAGUAACACCCGGAAUAACAGAAAGAGUAACUCAGAACCGAUGGCCUACACCCGAACGAACAACAACUUCUUCAAAAGUGUAGACUUUCAGGGUAAGAACUCUGAAGGAGAAAUAGCCAGCAAAGGAUCUUCCCAACUCAGUGGUUAAUUUCCAACUAUUCAAGUCAAAUUUAAUAAUUUAGUUAUUUUCAGUCUCUAAACGGCAUCU